UUCGUGCUCAGAGUGGCUUCGCGACGCGGGCGGGAACGCCAACGGUGACACCCACGUGUGGCCUUGCCCAUCCCGCACCGUUUCGGCCAGUUUGUCCAACGGCGCCGACUUGUCAUGGUUCUCAUUCCGAAAUUGGCCUUUCACGUGGUAUCCAUCGUAGGCGAUGUGGACCGAGGUCGUCGAGCUGCUCAUGGCUCUUCGUUGCGCGUCACCACAUAUAGAUAUGCGUCAAGGAGAGACGGCUGGAUGCGAGGUGGAGGCGCGUUGGGACGUAGCUGGCACAGGAAGGUGGCGACUGCCAAGGGGUCGUGGCGUCGGCAAGGAAAAGUCCGCGACGGCCGUGCUAUGUCGGUCGCCGCCGCCUCGACUGGCACGCGUGACGCGGGUCCGCUGGCAACUUGAUUCGGUUGGAUGAUUUUCAGCCAAUCGCAGAUGCCUGUGACGCCACACUAGCGUUCUCUAUAGUAUAGUCCCGUUCAAUCAAUCAGAGCACGGCCUUCAACCGAGGCGGCGCCGGGGAUACUUAUUUCAAGAUUCGAGAUCCAACGCAAACUAUGGCUGGCAAGGGCAAACAGAACAAGGGCAAGAAGACCGCGGCUCCCACCACCGUCGCUACGACGCCGGUCGUCGAUGACACGAGCUCAGAGACGUCCUCGGUCGACGCGAACGCCGAGCCGAUGGCCGAAGCGCCGGUGGUCGACGAGGCCACCGAGGCCGUUGAAGACGAGACGGUCGCCGAGACGCCGGUCGUUGAGGAAGCUCCCGUGGAGAAUGCGCCUAUUGAAGAGGCCGCGCCUGCUGACGUGAUCGAGCCCGUGGCUGUGACGCCGGUCCCUGUUGAAGUGGCGCCGGUUGAAGUGGAGCCCGAGGCCCCGGUUGUCGAGGUUGUGCCCGAGCCGACCGUGUCGCUGACGCAUGAGGAGACGGUGCUCACGGACACGACGCCGCGCUCGCCGCGCCACGAUGUCUUGGCGCUGCCCGUGGACGAGGCGACGACCAUGUGGUUUUUGCACCCGUCGUACUACUAUCAGAAGACGAAGGAGGUCUACACGUACACGACGAGCUUCCGCGGUGUCGGCGCGGUCGCGCACGUUGGCGAGACGAGCGUCAACUACCUCUUGAAGCAGCUCAACAUGAAGCAAGUGGCCACGCUCCAGGACGUGGACACGAGCCUCGCACCGGCGCUCGCGACGAUUGACGAGCAGCUCGACGAACGCGUCGCGGGCGUUCUGAAGACGCUGGUCGACGGCCAAGAAUACAUUUUGGCCAAGAAGGAGCAAGUCGUUGGCCGGGCCAAGGAAGUCCAGUCGGCGACGCUUGAGAAGGUGUCGGCCGUCACGACCACGGCGACGGACAAGGUGUCCAAGACGGUCGAGUCGGUCACGACCACGGUCGAGAAGACGCGCGCGAGUGUGACGCAGGUCACAUCGAAUGCGCUCGAGUCGGUCUCGAAGGCGAAGGAUGCGACCAUCGAGACGCUGACGGCGACGGCCCACUCGUUCCUCUCGUACGUGCCGCUCCUCAACAAGAAGGUCAUGGCCUAGGCCAGCGACUCCUUGUCAACUCUUAUGUAUUUCUCCGUUGCCUCCAUUGAACGACCACGAUGGUCGAUCGAUAUCCGACCCGCCGCCCCAGCACAAAGAAGCGAAAAAACUAUUAACACAUGACGUGCGGAGUCA